UUAUAAAGGGCGAGCCAUGGUCAUCACUAACCAGCAAGAGGAGCAGCUCAUGAAGCAAUUGGUUUCCGAGAUGGACAAUUCUUCUCCUUAGAUCAAGGAAAAGAAAGAAGAUGUAUCAUCAUCAGCAUCAUCACCAGGGACACAACAACAUUCUUUCUUGUAGGACUGCGUUUCCUGCAGAGAAGCAUUUGUUGCUGCAAGGAGGAAGUAUCCCAGAAGAUUCAGGACUGGUUCUAUCGACUGAUGCCAAGCCCAGGUUGAAGUGGACAGCCGAGCUCCAUGAAAGAUUCAUAGAGGCAGUCAAUCAACUUGGUGGAGCAGAUAAGGCUACACCCAAGUCGGUCAUGAGGCUCAUGGGCAUUCCUGGACUAACUCUCUAUCACCUGAAAAGCCAUCUUCAGAAGUACAGGCUCAGCAAGAAUCUCCAAGCUCAAGCAAAUGGAGCCGAGAGUGUUAUAGGUUGUAAGCUUGCAGCAGAGAGAACAAGCGAGGGCAACGGAUCACGAGCGAGCAACACAAACAUCAUUCCCCAGUCAAACAAAACAUAUCCGAUAAAUGAAGCACUUCAAAUGCAAAUUGAAGUCCAAAGAAGGCUACAAGAACAACUUGAGGUUCAAAGGCACCUGCAACUAAGAAUAGAAGCACAGGGGAAGUACUUGCAGUCUGUCCUGGAGAAGGCUCAAGAGACACUUGGGAAGCAGCAUUUGGGGACUCCAGGACUAGAAGCUGCCAAAGUUCAUCUCUCUCAACUGGUCUUCAAAGUCUCAAAUGAAUGUUUCAGCAAUGCAUUGACAGGUCUGGAAGAAAUCCCAGCCCCGAAUACCCUACAAGUGCAUCCACCCCAACUUGCUGACUUCUCGGUACAAAGUUGCUUGACAUCAUCUCAGGGAUCACAAAAGGAUCUUGACAUGGCCAAUUUCCGCAGAAGUUUGAGAGCCUACAUGCAUGAGAAUGCCAGGCUUGAAGGUUCCCAAUCUGCAUGGUGCUACCUGAAUGAGCACAAGACUUUUCCCUCAUCCAUGUUUGGGGAUUCAGAAAGGACAUCUUUCAAAGUAGAAGAUUUUGUGUCACCACUUCCCGUGAGGCCUCGGGUGGAAAGAGAAGGGGAAGCUGGUUCUGAUGCCCAGCAAACGGAAAGAAGUGACCCGAAUGGCAAGAGAACAGCAGAACAACAGGAGAGAGGAAAGCAAUCAGACAGUUUUGGGCUGGCUGGUCACACAGCACAACUAGAUCUCAAUGCUGAUGAAGACGAUGAGGGUGCUACGAACAGCAAAUUUGACCUGAACGGCUUCAGUUGGAGCUGAUUUGCGGCAAGCAUUAUGAAGGCAUAAGAACACUGUACAUACUGAAAUUGUUAGCUCGCUCGCUCUCUCUCUCUCUCUCUCUCUCUCUCUCUUCUCCUUGAUCAUCACAGGUAACCAAAACAAGUAUUGGCUACAACAUUAAAGUGAUUCCAAAAGACAGUCUGCAGGAGAUGAAGCUAAGAAGAAUGCAUCUACAACAAACAAGUUUCCAGGAGAAUGUUACUGAGAGCAUCAUGUUCUCAGAUCUAUGAUACCAAUGUCACCGGCAGUCACAAGAAAUCCACAGUUCAGUACCAUCAUAAAUAAUACAAAUUACACAAAAUAGAGAUCUUGUUUCGAGCAUAUGGAAGAACAAGUUCUGGGGGUUAAUCCCUUUUAGUUA